AUGUCUCCUUAUCAGUUGGUCUAUGAUAAAGCCUGUCACUUGCCAAUUGAGUUCGAGUAUAGAGCAUACUGGGCGAUCAAGUUUCUGAACUUUGAUGCCCAACCUGUAGGAAUAAAGCGGAUGCUUCAGUUGAAUGAGCUUGAUGAAUUCAGAUACUCUGCCUAUGAGAAUGUCAAGCUCUAUAAGGAGAGAACCAAGAUAUGGCAUGACAAGAAAAUUGCCAUUAGAGUCUUUGAGCCAGGUCAUAGAGUGCUCUUAUUCAAUUCAAGGCUCAAACUCUUUCCUGGGAAGCUGAAAUCCCGGUGGUCAGGACCGUUUGUGGUAACUAGAGCAUCGUCAUAUGGUCAUGUGGAAAUUCAGGAAGAGAAUUCUGAUAGAAGGUUUACAGUAAAUGACCAGAAGUUGAAGUACUAUCUUGGAGGCGAGAUUAAUCGCCAAAGGUCCACUCAUCUGCUGGAUUAA